AUGCCUACCGCAGAUGCAAAGGCGAGGUUGCGUUGCGAAGCGCCCGGCUGCGAGCAUAGAACCUACUCCAGUCCUUCCAACCUCAAGAGGCACAUCAACUCUAAGCAUAACCAGGCCAUUCAGAUGUCCUGCGGCAAAUCGUUGCCGAACCACCAGUCGAACAUCAAGCGCCACAAGGAUGCUUGUGGUUGCACAGUUCUGGACCAGCCCCUAGUUCCCGCUGUGGGGAAUGGCGUUGGUACACCUACAAUGCAUACCACCACCAACAAUGCCACGAUGACGUCGACAUUUGAAGACGUCCUUGACAUGAUGUUGAAUGAGUUCAACAAUGCAUACCCUCCCAUGGACAACAACUUCUUUGGGCCCUUCUACUAA